AUGUAUUUACUGGUGUACGUGGAUGACAUCAUCCUGGUUAGUUCUUCUUUGACCGUUGUUGAUGCUCUUAUUUCUGCUCUUGGUGCUAACUUUGGUGUCAAAGACUUGGGCUGGUUGCACUUCUUCCUGGGUAUUGAGGUCACUCAUCAGUCUACAGGACUUGCUCUCACUCCAAAGAAGUACUCCCUUGACCUUUUGCGACGCACUGGUAUGCUCAAGUGCAACACACCACUUAAGCCUAUGUCCUCCACUGACAGGCUCUCGGCUACUGAAGGUGUUCCUUUAUCUUCUGAGGAUGCAACAGAGUAUCACAGUAUUGUUGGUGGCUUGCAGUGCCUGACGAUCACGUGUCCAGAUCUAUCCUUUGCUGUCAACAGGGUGUGCCAGUAUCUUCAUGCCUCUACUGAUAUACACUGGUCUGCUGUUAAACACAUCUUGCGUUAUGUGCGCCUCACUGCGUCUUUUGGUCUUCACCUGCGUUCCAGUUCAUCAGGAGUUCUUUCGGCCUUCCCUAAUGCUGACUGGGCUGGUUGUCCAGACGACAGGCGAUCUACGGGGGAUAUGCUAUGUUUUUGGGUCCGAAUUUGA